UUGUCCAAGAAACAGCAAAAGCUUAGCUCGAAGCACAGUCACUCAAAUAAUUGAAAGAACAAAAGUAGUAAAUUUAGUGGGGAAGAAGAAGAAAAGCAAAAAAACAGAGCUGCAGAAAUGGGAAUUUCAGUACCCAUUCUCGUGAUCUCCAUCUCCCUUCACCUUAUCGCUUUUGUUCUUGCUGUCGGUGCUGAACGGCGUCGUAGCACGGCAAAGGUGGUGCCGGAUGAGUACGACGAGAGAACUUACUGCGUGUUCGGUACAGACGCGUCGACGGUGUACGGACUGUCGGCGUUCGGUCUGCUUCUCAUCGGACAGACGUUAAUUCACGGCGUUACCAAGUGCUUGUGCUUCGGCAGAGGGAUGAUUGCCGGCAAAUCUACUACUCUCGCUGUUUUUUUCUUCACUUUCUCUUGGGUGAGCUUUGUGGGGGCAGAGGCAUGCCUAAUAGCAGGAUCAGCUAGAAAUGCAUACCACACAAAAUACCGAGCAACUUUUCACGUAGAGCACUUAUCUUGCACCACUCUUCGUAAGGGCGUAUUUGCAGCUGGUGCCGCCCUAACAUUGCUUUCCAUGUUCGCUUCGAUUUUUUAUUACUGGGCCCACUCUAAGGCCGACACUGGUGGAUGGGAAAAACACCGUAAUAAUAACAGCAACAACGAAGGGCUUGGAUUGGCCCCCACUUCUAAUUUUUCCGAAAACAAGGCUAGUGAAUUUUGAAAGGGUCUGUUUUUUUUUUUUAAUUAUUAUUUUAUUUUUCGUUUUUUUCCGAGGUAAUCGCUCGUAUAUGUAAAACUUGAAAGAAUAUAUAUGAACAUGUUCUUGUAGAAAUUGAUGUUACUAUAUUAAUUAAGCCAUGUUUCUU